AUCUGGCGGAUUUACUCUUAUCAACACAAUUGCUACAGUUGCAACUUACACAGCCAACACAGUACGCGUUUAGCUCUGGCAAGAUGUGGUUCGGCGAAAGGGUGACGCUUCGCUUGGCGUUCUGCUUCACAGUAGCCGUUGCGACUAGUGUGUCUAGUGCUGUGGCCGCUUCCGAACAAGGUGUGUUGAUCAGCAAACCGUGGAGGAAUGAAAAAAACGAUGAUCUGCUGUAUCCACUUACGAUUAUCCAUCUGAACGACUUCCAUGCCCGGUUUGAGGAGACGAACACGGUGUCAACGCGCUGUAAGCCGGACGAGGGCGAACAUUGUAUUGGUGGUUACGCUCGGGUUGUCGCUCAUGUGAAAUCGCUGCAGCAGGAGUAUGCCGAUCGGAACCCUAUCUACUUGAAUGCGGGCGACAGCUUCCAGGGUACGAUCUGGUACACGUUGCUACGCUGGAAUGUGACCUCACACUUUCUUAAUCUCUUGCCUGCCGACGCAAUGACACUCGGGAACCACGAGUUUGAUCACGGUGUGGAAGGUUUAGUGCCAUUUCUGGAAGCGAUCAAAAGCCCUAUGCUGGUCGCAAACAUUGACGAUCGGGAAGAGCCCACGCUGCAGGGCAUGUAUCAGAAAAGUAUAGUGCUUGAUCGGGGUGGCAGAAAACUUGGAAUCAUUGGUGUCAUACACCACGCAACGGAUACACUCAGUAUGACGGAUCGGGUGCAUUUUCUGGAUGAGGUGGAAUGCAUCAAUCGGGAAGCAGCGGCACUGAAGCAAGUCGGGGUGGAUAUCAUCGUAGUACUGUCGCAUUGUGGCUUUACCAUCGAUCAGCACAUUGCGCAAGAGUGUCCUGAGGUGGACGUGAUCGUUGGAGGACACUCACAUACUCUGUUGCACACGGGGGAAGUUACUGAUUGGCCGGAUAUGCCAGCAGGAAGCUAUCCGUACGUUGUGGAACAGGCUUCCGGCCGGCAUGUGUUGAUCGUACAAGCCGGUUCGUUCACCAAGUACGUUGGCCAUCUUCUCGUGUACUUCGACGAAAAUGGCGAAGCCGUACGGUGGGAAGGCAACACCGAAUAUCUGAGCGAACAAUUGCCAAAAGAUGAGCAAAUCGAACGAGAACUUCUACCCUGGCGUUCGCAGGUGGACACGCUCGCGGUCCGUCCGGUAGGAAUGUCCAAAGUGUUCCUUACGAAACCAGCCUGUCGGACGGGUGAAUGUAACUUUGGAAGCUUCGUUGCGGAUGCGUUCGUGGACUAUUAUGUUGGUCGGGGAGAACUGGAGCACGAGUGGACAUACGCCGCCAUCGGCAUUACGAACGACGGUGGGCUGCGUACAUCGCUCAAUACCGGCACGCUAACGUACGAAGAUCUGGUGACGGCCAUUCCCUAUGAAAAUACGGUAGAUACGUUCGAGUUGCGCGGUCAGUACCUGCUGGAAGCGCUUGAGUACAGUGCUAGCCGGUACAAUACCGCUGAUGUGCUGCAGUUCUCGGGAAUGCGUGUUAUCUUCAACCUUACGCGGCCAGCCUUUCAGCGAGUACAGCAGGUAGAUGUGCGGUGCCGAGUCUGCCGAAUUCCACGCUAUGAACCACUCGACCUUAAUGCCACCUAUCGGAUCGCAAUAGCCGCAUGGAUUGGAAGUGGUGGCAAUGGAUACGAAAUGUUUGGUCAGCAUCGUACAAACGUGCGUGUUGGACCGCUGGAUAUUGACGUUUUCGAGCGUUAUGUGGAGAAAAUGUCACCGAUUCUGCAGGGAACGGACGGUCGUAUGGUGUUCGUAACGUGAACGAUUCGUAAUUACCCUUAGAAAGGAGGAGCGAGCUUUUCAGUUAACACUAAACGCUUAUUUUAAAAUGAAAAUAAAUUAAAUGCCCCUCUCCAAUGGCAUUAAUGUAAAGGUCCUUUA